AUGACUUCCUCACUUCCGGGCACUCGCGACUUGCCAGCCUCGCAGUACGAUUUAAGCACGUACUGGGGUCGUGUGCGGCAUUGCGCAAACGUUUCUGAUCCAAGAACGCUCCUCACAUCCUCCGCCGGCCUCGAAGAUGCGAAACGACUCAUCACUGCGUACAAGACGGGGAAAGUGCGGAACAUGAACCCCGAGCUAUGGCAGGCGAAGAAAAUCAUCGACUCCACGAUACACCCGGAUACGGGAGAGCCUGUUGUGCUACCCUUCAGGAUGUCUGCCUUUGUGCUGACUAAUUUGGUAGUCACGGGUGGCAUGCUCACACCAGGACUGGGGACUGCAGGAACGCUCGGCUGGCAGGUUGUCAACCAGUCGCUCAACGUGGCCAUCAACUACUCGAAUGCGAACAAAUCGACCCCACUACCUACCUCAGCAAUCGUCAAGUCGUACUUCAUCGCCGUGGGUGCAUCCUGUGGUGUUGCGCUUGGCUUGAACUCCAUAGUGCCCCGCCUGAAGCGUCUUUCUCCCAACGCGAAAUUGAUCGCUGGUCGUUUGGUACCAUUCGCCGCUGUCGCUUGCGCCGGUGUGUUGAACGUAUUCUUGAUGCGUGGAGAAGAGAUACGGAAGGGCAUCGAUGUAUACCCGGUUCUUACAGACGACGAGAAGCAGCGUGUGGAGAAGGGCGAGCUGAAGGUAGAACCUCUGGGCAAGAGCAAGAAGGCGGCAACGCUCGCGGUCGGCGAGACAGCAAUAAGCCGUGUGUUGAACGCGACUCCUAUUAUGGUUCUACCGCCUCUCAUCCUCGUCCGGCUGCAGAAGACGGAGUGGCUGAAGCAGAGGCCGAGAAUGACCACGCCCGUGAACCUAGGUCUCAUCUUCGCGACGAGCAUCUUCGCACUGCCACUGGCACUUGCUGCAUUUCCUCAGCGACAGGCUGUCAGUGCCAAGUCGCUGGAGGAAGAGUUCCAUGAGCGUGGAGGGAGGGACAACUUGGUGGAGUUUAACCGUGGGAUAUAA